AUGGCAGUAAUUGAUAAAUCAGAUUCUGUAGACGAAAACAAAUUACAAAUGUUCCACGACUGGGAAGAUUACUCUCUCAAUGAGGAAUUAGUUAGGGGUAUUUAUAACAUGGGCUUUGAAAAACCAAGUCAUAUUCAAAAAGUAGCUAUUAAGCCCAUUAUAGAUGGUAGAGACAUUAGAGCACAAGCUCAAAGUGGUACAGGAAAGACAGGUGCCUUUGCUAUUGGUGCUCUACAAUGCGUAGAUAAAAAUUCAUAUUUUACUCAAGUGCUAGUAAUAGCCAAUACUAGGGAGAUAGCAGCACAGAAUUCUGACAGAUUUAAACAAUUCUCUAUGUACAUGAAUAUUAAUAUUUGUCUUUUAAGUGGUGGAUCUCAUGUUUCUCAAGAUAUUAAAAAUCUUAGAUGUUCUCCACACGUAGUGGUUGGUACACCAGGAAGGGUAGAUCAGAUGAUACAAGAAGGACAUCUUAAGACUGAUAAAAUAAAACUUUUUAUAAUUGAUGAGGCAGAUGAAAUGUUACAAGCAGGUUUUCAAGAGCAGGUUAAGGCUAUUUUUAAGAGUCUUAAUAGAAAAGAAGUACAAAUUGCUAUGUUUAGUGCGACGUACGAAGAGGAAGAGUUAAGGGUUAGUGAAGAAGUUCUUAAAGAUCCAGUGAUUAUUGAUUUAAGACAGGAUAAUCAAACAUUAGCAGGUAUACAACAAUUUUAUAUUAAUUUAGGGCCUGAUAAUUCACCAAGAAGAGAUGAUUACUCAGUAAAAUGUGCUACUUUGAUAGAUUUACUUAAAAAUUAUUCUUUUGGUCAGACGAUUAUUUUUGUAACUUCUAAAGUUAAAGCAGCUUACGUUUAUUCCAGUUUGAAAGAAUGUGAUAUUCCUUGUGAACUUAUUAGUUCAGAUCUUACUCAGUCUGAAAGAGAGGAUGUAUUAAACAGAUUUAGAUCUGGAAGUAAUAGAAUUCUUAUUUCUAGUGGAUUACUUAGCAGAGGAGUAGAUAUUCAAAAUUUAAGUGUAGUGUUUUGUUUAGAUGUACCACCCGAGCAUAAGAAGAGUACUUAUAUUCAUAGGAUUGGAAGAUCUGGUAGGUAUGGAAAGAAAGGGUUUGCUAUUAAUAUUCUAAGUGAUCAUGAAUUUAUUAAUUUAACUAAAAUUGAGAAAUUUUACAAUACUAAGAUAUUACAACUUACUAAUAAUCAUUUAGAACAGUUUAGAUUAAAAAAUAAUUAG